GUUUUGUACCAGUUAGUCUUCAACGUUAGUGCAUACUCGUCUUUCAUUCUUAGCUGUUGUUCCUCUGUGACUUAUAAACAUUGCAAUGGACGAGGAACAAAUGUGGAAAGGUUUUUUCGUUAAAUUGCACGAACUCAAAAUGAACCCACCAACAGAGCACGAGCAUCAGUUACAGGAUGGAGACGAUGGGUUUUUCGAAAAAUUCGGUUCGCUUUUACGACAGAAAUCUCAGUUAAAUGAAAACAUUUUAAAAACACCAUUGUCGACUUCAAAAGAGGAUAUUCAAACAGAAGAAAUCGAUUUGAUUAUAGAGAAACCUAAUCAUGCGGAAUAUCCCAGUAUUGACACAUUUGAGGAGGAAAGUGAUUUACAAAGUGAUACAAAUGAUAUUAGUGAUGCAGUUUUUGAUUCUGGAACUGUAAUGAAUGUUGAAGAUCUGUACGAGGAAAUUUUAUUUGAAAUUUAUAAUAAUAUUGGAUGCGAAAAUAACGAAGGACGCAUAGAAAGUCUUGUUGGAUUUGUACAAGAUGCCUUUAAAAUACCGAACUCGACGCAUUUGGAAAUUUGCGAUGUCGCCAGGCGGAAAGAGCCGCCAAAUGUUAGACUUAACAUAGAGAUUAUAAAGGCCGAGAAUUUGCUGUCAAAGGAUUCAAACGGCCUAUCUGAUCCGUUUGUUACAUUGUACUUGGAAUCAAAGAACUCACAUCGCUACAACUCAUCUGUUAAGCCCGCUACACUAAAUCCAAUAUGGGAGGAGCACUUUUCAUUACCAAUAGCUGAAAAUCCCCGUGAAGAAGUCUUAAUAGUCGAAGUUUGGGACUUUGAUGCUGCAGAAACGGUUAAGGAAAAAGUUAACAAAAUAAUGGAUGUGAAAGGUGUAAAAGGGCUUAGUAAAUUAAUGAAGGAAAUAGCUGUUACCGCCUCUUCAGGAAAACAUGAUAACGAGUUAAUAGGACGAGCAGCAAUUACACUCAAGUCUAUUCCAGUUUGUGGACUAACAGUAUGGUAUAAUCUAGAAAAAGGAAACAAAGCUCGAAGUCGAGGAUCAAUUUUGGUAAAUCUCACUCUAAGCGCUGAAAAGAACAAAAGCGUGGCCGUGCAGGAGCAUAAAAAUUUACUAAAGCUUUUAUUGAUGUAUGAGCUGGAAACCUCGCAAGUGGCGUAUUUUUGGUGGAGUGGAAAAUUUAGUUCAAACGCUGAAAUUAUCCGAUCCCAACAUGCCGUUCAAAGUGGAUUGAGUCCUGUGGAUUGCGCCAUUAGCCAAUGGCACGCAUAUAGUAUAAUACAUGAAACUCACAAACUGAAUUUUUCACUAUUUAAUUCUAUACUGGACAUAUUGACUCCAGUAAUUAGCUGUAUGCAGAAGGAUUCGGAAGAUCUUGCUACUUAUUGGGAUGGAGUAAGGCGUAUACUUCCCUCUUGUUUUGCAGUGAUACGAAAGAUACGAUACAAAAACGUCAGUGAUCUGAACGUAACAAGAGCUGUAAGCGAGGUUCUAGAUAUUUUGGGAAAAGUUAAAGUUUAUGAAGUUCCGGUGACAGUAGAUCUUUUUCCAACGUCUGUGUAUGGUUGGAUUCAUAGAGACGAUGCGAAUAAGAUAUGCAAUAUUGAUUCUGCCAUAAUAGAUGCUAUUAAUACCGGCACGAAAGAAUGGCUGGAACAUAUUGUAGAGGGUAGCAAAUACUCAUCAGAUAAUGAAACUGAUGAAGAAAAACUUCAGUAUAUCAUUAAACUUAUUCAAAUGAUCCGGUCUGACCUUCAACGUGCAAUGGAAUAUUUCGAUAAACUGUUUUACCACAAAAUUCAAUUAAACUAUUCCGCCAUCCUUUAUUUGUUAUACGACUCAAAGCUAACUGAUAUCUGUAAAUCAAUUGUCAAAGACGUUUGCAAUAACAUUAAAAGAUUGGAUGUGCCAGACGAUCAAUUCGAAUAUUUGCCGAAAAUCGAUAAUUUGAAUAUGGGAACAACAUUGUUUGAACUUUAUUUGGUGCUCAAGCGAUACGUCCAACUAGGAGAAUCACUGUGUACCGACGAAUUGGAAAUGAGUGGAUUUUAUCAAUGGUUUGAGACAGGUGUGACACACUGGCUUGACAUUUCAAUAAUAAAGGCCCUCAAUCGUAUCCAGAAAGCAAUAGAUCUCGAUCAGCUGGUUGCGGUUGACGAAACCGUAAAAUACAGCUCUUCUGCCGUGGAUACUCUUUCAAUUUUUUAUCAAAUUAAAAUAUUUUGGCAGCAACUUGAUUGGCCAGAAGUUGAGGGCUCCUAUACAUUUAUAGCUAAAAUUGUUAAUGAUCUAUGUCGAUGCUGCAUUUUCUACGCUCAAAGAAUGUCACAAAGAGUCGAAAAGUUAACUAAACUCGGGGAUAAUAACAAGAUGUUCAUUCUAUCAGAGGAGUGGUGCUUAGCUAUUAACAAUAUGGAUUACAUCCGCCAGAGCUUACCAUCUUUCAUAAAGGAACUUGGCAUCGACAAUGUCAUCCAAAAACUGGGAGAAUAUCGCACAAAUUUAGAGGCUGACAGAUGCUCAUCUACUAUUCAUGCUGUUAUUGAAAAUGCAUUAGACACCGAACGCAAUCAAAUUGUUGAGCUCAUUGAAAUUGUUGCCCAUAAAAUGGCACCCCCAAUGAAACUCUAUUUGGCCGAAGGUGCGGAAGUCCUUCAUAAGGACUCAAAUUCAAUGGACCAGCUGAUGAUGUACUUAGAAAGUUCAUUGGAUACUCUCUACAACACACUUAACGAAGUUAACUUUGGAAGAAUACUGGAAAGCAUUUGGUCAGAACUAUCAAUAAUACUGUAUGACCUAAUUCAAUCAAAUCUUGAUAAACGACGGCCACCAGCAUAUUUCAAAAAUUUAAAGGAAACUCUUCAGACAAUGAUUUAUUGUUUUAAAAUGGGUAACGUUGAAACGGACGUAGACAUUUUGUCUACAAUUAAAAUUAGGCUGGACGCGUAUGCCCUUGAAACAGCAGAUCUUAUUCAUCAAUAUUAUAUUGAGCGUUUGGAAUAUCAAAAAAAUCAACCUUUAUCACCCUUUGGCCAACUUACCAUUAGGGCUGAGUUUACAGAUUCAAGUUUAUUACUUACCAUUUUAAAUGCGCGCAAUUUGCUUCCAAUGGACUCAAAUGGCUUGGUCGAUUCAUUUAUUAAAGCUAGUUUCAUGCCCACAAUUCGAUUCAAUGGUGUAUCACCAGUUAAAACAGCUGUUCACCAUAAAAAUUGUUUUCCACUGUACGAUCAGGAAUUUUGUAUAAUUUUGAAUGAGCAGCAGCUGGCCGCAGGAGAUAGCUUGAUCUUGUUCAGUGUAAAAGAUAAGGAUCUAUUUGGCAUGUCGAGUCAGUACAUAGGAGAAUGCUAUAUAUCAUUCACAGAUCUCAGGGAAUCUGAAGGAGAACAAAUAAUUAUGAACUUGUCUCGCCCAGAGUAUACAGAUUCCGAUACACUACGUGCUCUGGAGUUUAGACAAGGCGAUAAACAGGCUAAGGACUUCAUAAAAAAAUUGAAAAACAAAUCGUAUUCCUAAGAUGCAACAUUGUCUUAAAAUUUGAUUUUAAAGAUCAAAAUAAAUGUGGCAUUU